UGAUGCACCCUUGCUCCAAAGAGUGCUGCGACAGUUCUCCCUCUACACAGAGUUCCAGCAGGUGGUGUCUGGGUUUGUGGAUACCUUACCGCUAAGCAGGAACCUCCAUCCUGAUCUGCCCAGUUAUUCUCAGGUGAAUCUGGUCCAGCACUUCCUGGGAAAGACCUACAACGCCCAUGAUGCAUUGGAGGACGCCAGCAUACUGCAGGAGCUGUUCAACUCAUGGAGUCCCAGCAAUGAAAGCAUUAAACUGUCCACGAUGUCUGGUGACGAAAUGAUUGUUUUCUUUGACCUGGAGACCACUGGAUUAGACACUAAAGUGUGUGACAUCAUCCAGUUGUCGGCCAUCCAUGAAGAUAGAGACUUUAACGUCUACAUCCUCCCCAGCCGCCCCAUCCAUGAGAGAGCCUCAGAGGUGAAUGGCUUCACGGUCGGGGAUGGCCGCCUGCUUUUAAACGGGACCCCUGUGGACACAGUCCCUCUUGUUGAUGCUCUCACCUCCUUCAUCGACUUCCUUCGCUCCUUCCAGCGUCCCGUGCUGCUGGCGGCCCACAAUGCAGAGCAGUUUGAUGCACCCUUGCUCCAAAGAGUGCUGCGACAGUUCUCCCUCUACACAGAGUUCCAGCAGGUGGUGUCUGGGUUUGUGGAUACCUUACCGCUAAGCAGGAACCUCCAUCCUGAUCUGCCCAGUAAUUCUCAGGUGAAUCUGGUCCAGCACUUCCUGGGAAAGACCUACAACGCCCAUGAUGCAUUGGAGGACGCCAGGCAUACUGCAGGAGCUGUUCAACUCAUGGAGUCCCAGCAAGAGGAGCAUCUUAAACGUUACCUUCCAAAUUUAAGCCUUCAGAAAAAAAAUCUAGUUAAUCUAGAGAAUAUGAUGCAAUUAAUAUCUAACAAUUUGCUAUUGUGUCGCCAAUACAUGUUUUGAUCGUAAUGAAUCACAAUGUACACAUAUACAUAUACACACGUUGACACAAUCACACCAUGAACGUGUCACUCACAUAGCAUGAAAUACACCUUCAUAAACACCACACAUUUGUUACGUAUAUUACUUUAUUAUACUCUUUACUCAUAAGAGUUUGCUUGCUAAAGUACUAGUAUACAACUUGUACUCAUUUAAGCUCAUCAGAGUACACAGUUAGAGUACUCAUAGUCGCAUUGUACGCAUCAUAUUAAUUUGUUGCUUGAACCUUGUAUGUAGGAAAAGUCCUCCUCCGUUGUGUCAGUGUGAACAGCUCGAAAGGGUUAACUUCAAGAUGAAUGUGGGUGAAAGGUUUUUAUUUGUAUCUUUUAUAUUUCUCCAUAAUACUUUAUGAAUAAUUUUAAGGGUUUUUGAUUUAAUGGUUCUACAAUAAUUAUGUUCUGGGGAAAAAAUAAAGAGUUUUUAAACA